CAACGCUGUGGUCCCACCUCAGCAGAGCUCCGGAGUGCAGCCCGUGGAAGAGGAACAAUUUAUUUUUGUAUAAACCGAUGAGUGGGACUUUGCGUAUUUGCGCCGCGCUGGAUCCAGACCCUGGCUUUUUGUGUGUGGACGUGUGGGGCGCAUCAGCGGAAAGAAGGAACAGUCUCUCCCCUCAUAGAGCCGAGCUGGAAUGAGAUGCAGCAAUGACAGAGCAGCAGUCGUGCGCUGCAGCGAAAUAGAGCAACUAUUGUGACAGGAGAUUGAUAACACACAACUGGGCCGAGCAACAGCGAGCGACAGAUGUGAUCUUCCAAAACGUCGCAGCUGGUUCGGUGCCAGUGACGUUGCCGGAUGGGUCAUAAUUGCAUUUUGCAUUCCCCCCCUCAUUUCAUCAUCCACUGCUCCCAGCGUCUCCACAUUAUUUGAGGGUCUCGGGCGGCUGUCUGUGAGGAAUCGAACUGCUGCAGAGACCACCACAAGAGGGGAGAACUGCCAUGUGUCGUUGCGCGACAUAGAAGCUCUUUGUGGGUUGUUCUGCACCGGGGGACAGGUGGUGCCGCGCGUGUGUGUGUGUGCGCAUGUGUGUGUGUGUGUGGGUGUGUUGAAAGUAGCUGGGGGCACGGACACACAAACCCCCCCUGAGACAGUUGUCUUGGGGAUGUCAGGCCGGCGCGCUGGACCAGUUUUUGCCAGAGACAGGUGCGACAGGGAGGAGUAGUUUACAAAGCCCUGCGCAGGAUCUGGCAGCGCACUAUCGAGUCCGCGCUCUCCUCUGAUCACUCUCGGAUUUUUUGUUGUUGUUGUUGUUUCCAGUGGAACACACAAUUGACUCGUACAGCUCGGCUGCACCUCUCCGCCCUCCAGGACAAUCAGAGAGACUCCAGUGCUGUUCAUAUGGCAACCAUGGCCCCUCCCUCCUUCUUCCUGCUUUGUUGGCUCCUCCGAACGGCCAGCUCAGCGUUCCCAGAGGAACCCGGGCCCCUGAACUUCAUCCCCACCGAAGUGGCGAGACGAUACCCGGUGUUUCUGGGACGACCCCACCGGACGUGGCUGAGACAAGAGCCACUGCACAUACAGAGGAUCAUGCAAGUCAAUCGGACUCUCUACAUCGGAGCCAGGGAUGACCUUUUCCGUGUGGAGUUGGACAUUGUCGCAGGAGAUGAGAUGUUCUACAAUAAGAAAAGAACAUGGGAGUCCAACAAGAAUGACAUCAGGAUCUGCAGGAUGAAGGGCAAACAUGAGGAUGAAUGCCGUAACUUCAUGAAGGUGCUGCUCAGUAGACAAGGAGGCCUGUUUGUCUGCGGGACCAAUGCCUUCAAUCCGCUCUGUGCCAACUAUACCGGAGACACUCUGGAGAUGGUUGGAGACACGGUCAGUGGGAUGGCGAGAUGCCCUUAUGACCCCAAACAUGCCAACGUAGCUCUGUUUGCAGAGGGGAAUCUGUUUACAGCCACAGUGACUGACUUCCUGGCCAUUGAUGCAGUGAUCUAUCGUAGCCUUGGGGACAGUCCUGCUCUUCGCACCGUCAAGCAUGACUCCAAGUGGUUCAGAGAGCCCUAUUUUGUCAGUGCUGUGGAGUGGGGACCUCACAUCUACUUCUUCUUCAGAGAGAUAGCCAUGGAGUUCAAUUACCUGGAGAAGGUGGUGGUGUCGCGUGUGGCCCGGGUGUGCAAACGGGACCAGGGCGGUUCUCAGCGAGUUCUGGAGAAGCAGUGGACGUCGUUCCUAAAGGCCCGUCUGAACUGUUCCGUCCCCGGGGAUUCCCACUUCUACUUUAACCUGCUCCACUCCACUAGUCCCGUCAUCAGGAUGCACGGCAGGGACAUCAUCCUGGGCGUGUUCUCCACACCAGCUAACAGUAUCCCGGGUUCAGCGGUGUGUGCCUUUGACAUGGAGCAGCUGGCGUCGGUGUUCGAUGGGAGGUUCAAGGAGCAGAAAUCACCCGAGUCUAUUUGGACCCCUGUUCCAGAUGAAGUCAUCCCGAAGCCCAGACCCGGUGGCUGUGCCGUUCAAGGAUCCAGAUUCAAUUCGUCCAACUCUUUCCCAGAUGACAUGCUCAACUUCGUCAAGACCCACCCACUGAUGGAUGAAGCUGUGCCAUCCCUGGGACAAAGACCCUGGAUAGUCAGGACCAUGGUCAGGUACCAGCUGAAUAAGAUAGUGUUGGAUACAGAAGCAGGGCCGCACAGAAACCGAACCGUCCUGUUUCUCGGGUCAAGCAGAGGGACCAUCCUCAAGUUCCUCAUCAUGCCCAACCAGGACAACACCAUCACCAACAGCAAUAUCUUCCUGGAGGAGCUGGAGGGAUUCAACCCUGAUAAGUGUGCUGAAGACUCUCCUCAGGCCCGGCAGCUGUUGUCAUUGACUCUGGACCGGGCGAGCCACAGUCUCCUCCUUGCCUUCCCCUCCUGUGUGGUCAGAGUGCCGGUGGCGCGAUGCCAGCUCUACUCCCGGUGCAUGAAACUGCCAUUUGAGCAAGAUGUCGAACAGGGGAACGUGGCCCACUUGGGUGACUGUGACGGGAUGCUGCUCCAAGAGAGUUUCAUCGAGGAGCCUGACGGCCUGGUGUCUGUUAACCUGCUGGUGGUGUCUGCGGUUUCAGCUUUCGCAACAGGAGCCAUCCUCUCCGGCCUCACCGUCUGCUGGAUCAUGAGUCACCGCCACCGCCACUCCCGCAGCUCUGGAGCCAACGGCGCCCGCCGCAAAAGUGACAAAGAGCAGAGCAUGCUGGGGCAGGGCCGCAGCGGCUCUGUAAUGAGCGUAACGCGAACCAGCGGCGGAGAGAGGCGGAGAUCGCAGGCAGACAACCCCUUUGUCAUGCCCAACGGCUGGCCUAAAGGAGAAAUGGACCCAGGAUUGUUGCCGACCCCGGAGCAGACUCCACUGCAGCAGAAACGGGGCAUGCGUCUUCCGGACACUGACUGGGACCAGAGCCAGACCUUCCUCACCGCUGUGGGGACGCCCUGCCCCAAUAACUCUGUCAUCUACCUGAGCUCCAAGUACCUGCACGGAGGUGGAGGGGGUGGAGGGAUGGUUCGGAUAGAGGACCCAGGGGAAGUUGUGUUGCCCCUGCACACAGAGCGCCAGCGCUACCUGAUCUUAGCCACCCAGAGAGGGGAACACGGUGGCAGUCGUCCCAGUGGCACGCUGAGGAACUCAGCGGGGGAAUAUAUUUACCCCGCCACGCCACAGGACUCCCCCGACCGACGGAGGGUGGUUUCUGCUCCCACCCCCCACAUGGACUAUGGGGAGCCUCGCUGGAGUCACGAGGUGCUCAACUACAACAGCAACAAUGGGGCGCCCUAUCACGCUCAACGCCAGGGCCUCAUCAGGCCAGACAUGCAUGGGCCUCGAGGGCUGGGGGAACUGGCUGACUUCAGCCAUCUUCUAGUGAAGAACAUGGGAGAGCGCACCCCUAGUGGCCAGUGAGGUGAAGUGUCAGAGUCCUGACACCAAACUCUCUCUGAAUGCUCAUUCCCUCCAACAGUAAACUGGAAUAAGUCAACCCCUCAGACUCACUGUCCCCGGUCCAACCUUUCCCUGUCUGUCCUCUCUCACUGUCAUUCAAUGUUCAAUGACGUCAUUCAGCCGACUGAAGAGAGAGACAGAGAGAACAGAAACAGAGAGAGUUGAAAAGAGGAGAACGCUCUCCUCACGUCUCCGUUCCUCUGCUCUUAAUCUGAGGCGCACCCCUCUACUCUGUUUGUGGAACGACCCAUAGAGUGUGACUUUGAAACCACAGGACAAACAGUGCAGUACAGAGAGGGGUGUAAAAGGAAGGGGAAUCUUCUAAAAAAGACUUUGUGGAGAUUUAAAUAAGAAGACGAUUUCGCUUGUAGUACAAAAUGUGAAAGAUCUCCCUCCACCAACUUGUUCACUGUUGACCCAUGACACGGUGUGAAAUUUUUGUUUCUGCUUUUUAGUUUUUUUUUGUGCCAGUGGGCAUCCAGAAAACAAUGUGCUUUACUCUGGAUUUCUAAUGAGACAGACACUGUUGUAGCCUUGCCAGAGGGCAGUGACUCUCAAUGAAUCAUGCAGUGUGUGUGUCUGUGUGUGUGUCUGACUGUGUGAAUGUGUGGUCACGACAACCCCAACCAGUGUCCUGUCCUAACUGUGAAGAAUAACUAUAUAUUGAAUUUUCUGUAAACAGUCACAGAGAGAUAAAUGUAUUUUAUUAUGUGUCUCUGGAUGUGUUUACCAAUCAGAGGGGUGGGUUGUUGAAGGGUUGAGUAAUUUUUUUGAUUCCCAGUACCUCAUGAGCAGCACUGGACAGAGCCAUGAUGAAGUGAAAGAGAGCAAUAAUGAGCAAGAAACAUAUACGGAUGAAGAUAAAGCCAAUUUAAUUUGAUAUUUUUUUAUGAUACUAGUUUACUCAGCAAAGCAAGCUAAAGCGCAGAAACGUCAGGAAGAGCAGAGCGCAGGGGAAAGGAACAAUAUCUCUGCUCAAUUCUUCUCUCCCUCGCUCCCUCUCAGUAUGCCUCGGUCUGUCUGACCUGACCUGAGGCCUCCCUGGGCUCCACAGCCCGUUUGAAAACGGGGGAAUGUGAGCUGUGGCUGUCUGGCUGUCUGACUGAGGCUCUGAGGCUCGGCCGCUUGGGACCUACAUUCAGCCUCUUCUGCCCGACACUGAGCCUCUUUGUGCCCCAGAAGCAUGAGGAGACUGCGGCAACAAAUAGCCGUUAAGAGUCAGAGACCUAGCCCAGAACCACAGCCUAGCAGAAUAUCAAUGAAGAGGACAGCGGCUCCAUCCGUCAUGUGAGAUGUACAGACCGGGCCUGGGCAUCUCUUAAUGCUUCACCCAGUUGCCAGGAUAGGGAGGAGCUGAGAGCUGAAGCAGGGGGCUGAGGCCAGGGUUGGGGCACUGCUAACGGUCACAAUGGUCAUCCCUUGUGGUUUUAUCCCUUUCUGUCAUUCAGUGUGUUUCCCAACAAAAGCAGGAUAAAGAACACAGAUGGGCAUGGGUAUACUUGGGUGUGGAGUUACUCUUUCACUGCGUUGUCUUUUGAUGUUUUCUGUUUUUUUGUCCGUUCUCAUCCGUUCUUGAUUCAGAUGUAGAUCCAGAGAUAGUUUUAGUUCAUCUGGGAAACACUGGUUGUUUUGUGUGUCUGCGUGCGUGUGUGAGUCUCUUAGGGCUUGUAUCCAUGAAUGUGUUGCUCAUAUUGAGUGUGAAAAAACCUGCUUUGAUCAAUUUUAUUGUCAUUCUCAUCCUCCUUCUUUUCUCUGUUGAGUCACUUUGCUUGACAUUCACAAAUCUGCGAUAACACUGUCACAGCCUGGGAUCAGUAAACGCUAUACAAUAUUACACAGUGCACAAAGAUGUGCAGAUAAGACGGAGGUUAUGGGCUGUGCUUCGUUGAAGGGACAGAUGGUAGAUACCAACAUUAUAAAUUAUAAAGUACAAAAACUAGGGCUGAGUAUUGUUUGGAGUCUUUCUGAAAGUAAUGCCAAUAUGAUAUGACACCUUUGAGAGCAAACAUAUGUUUCCACAAAACCCUGUUUUUCAUUUAAAGCAAGUCUGCAUUGCUCUGUGUUGUAUUUUUGGCUUGUGACUCUGGUUUUGUGACCUGUCACGAAACAUUCACUCUCACAGAUCUCUCGUUUUUUGGCCUCAUUAGGCAGCUGUUUUCAACAAUAAUGCUUCAAUGAUCAACGCUACCUGGCAGCAACAAAAUCAGUGACUAGCUAGUGGGCAUACUUUAACAUUUAGCAACUAAAAAGCAGAUAUUUUCCCCAGGAGUGGUAGAGACCAAAAAAUAUCAUUUGGGUAUCAUUUGAAAUGUUUUUAUAAUUUGAAAUAAGGCCAAUAUGAUUAGGAACAAAACAUUUAUCAAUGCCUUAAGUUGAGAAAGGUUUUUCGACAAAAUACUUUUUAAACAAAGAAGACAAAGCGAUGGAGCGUUGCACGCGGUCUUCAGCGUGGUGUAAAUUCAACCAUGAUUAGAUGUACAUCACUCCAAGACAAAGUAAACAAGAUUGUAAUUCCGACCAGAUAUUUGACACCGGCUGACAUUUUGCUUUUGAUACCCUUAAAAGAAGACAGCCGAGAGUGUGAGGUGCAGCAGUGUAAGAGAUUCACGAAGGCAAUGACAGAGGAGGAGGUCAGGCAGGCGAGCAUGAUGUUACUGCAUUACCGUCUCUCCACAUGAGUAUUGUGUAUUCUUUACACAUUCUACCCCGAAACAGGUCAUUAGUAUUGAGGAUAGUGGGCUUUCCACCAGCCCGGCGCCUCAUCUCUGUCUCUCUUUAUCUCUCUCCCUGUCUACCCAUCUCAGCCAUGGCCUGCUUUAUCUGUGUGUGUAUGUGUGUGUGAAUGAGGCCUCUCUGUCUCGGACGGUGUGCGCAGCCAGCCGUGUCCUCGCUCUGCAUCUCCUACGGUGUUUCACUAAACAUGCUUGAUUAGGCAAAGUACAUUCCCGGCCCUCUAAUGGCCUGAUGAGCCCCUAAGAAGAUUACUACAGACACAUCAACCCUGAGAGGGAGGUGCAUGUUCAACCAGCUCUUUACCCCUCCACUAACCACCAGCCACACACACAUGCAUGCAUGCGUUCACACACACACUUUGCAGGGCCCUUUAACCAAAUACGGGACGCAAUUGAAUUAAGAUCAGAAAUAAAACUCACGCUUGAACUGGCCCGACACUGGCUGGUUCUAGGAAAGGUACAGUACACGAUUCUAUCUUACUGACUGCGUAAUUUGAUUACCUUAGCUCGGCAUUAUGGGGCAGCUAAAGAAUUCAGAGGCAACCACAUGCAGGUCUGUCUGUUUAUUAAAGCCAUCAUCCUCCCUCUUCUUUUUAUUUACUUCACGUCAUUCCAGUGCCUCCUCUUUACAACAGCUGCACUUUGUCCUCUUCCUCCGCUUGCCCUUUUAUUCUUAACAGACUCACUCUAUCUCUCUGCACACACACACACACACAAACACACAUAUAGAAUCCCCUUUCUCCUGUUUAUCACUUUUAAAGGUUAGCUGGUUAAUUUACUGAGCUGGUGACUAAAGCAGAAAUCAAAGUAAUUUCACAAAAAACUGCUUUAUUUCACAAUGCAUCUUUUGUUAGACAUUUUCAAAGCCGCUCUUAUGGUAAAUUGCUUUCCUUUGCUCAGAAAUUAUUUUGUCUGAGGUUUGUUUCUCUUUGUCCCCUGCCUCUACACAUACACACUCACACACACACACACACACACACACACAAACAAACACACAAUUCCCACCCAGCCCUCAUGACCCAGCCUGUGUGUGUAUAUUGUUUUGUUUGUGUCUGAGGAGACCAUGCCUUCGUGCGUUGGGGUUGUUCAUGCCAUGUGGCCCAAUGAUGCGAUGCCCCCCACAGCCAAUAACUGCCAUCCCGCCCUGCAGUGCUCCGCUGUACUGUACUAUAUGUGCUCUAUGCCCUAGAGAGAGUCCAGAAACGGAGCCUGACUUAUAUUAAAUCCACCAUCCAUUGCAGCGAGGAGCAGUGAGAUGACACUGCUCCCUUCCAAGUCAGCAUCCAAGCGGAAAAAGCACAAAAAAAAUCUGAAAACAAAAUCAACAUUUGCAUUUUUGUAAAAUUGUAGAUGUAUUUAGUCCGCACUGAUCAUCUUUGUCAUGUUUGUUUUUCUAUGGUUUGUUUCUGUGGUGGAUAUUUUGUUUGAAAUUAUAUGGGAUAUUAUUGUAUAUGAUUUCAAUUUCAAUUCUCUGGUGUGCUGGAUUUGAUGACAUCAUUGAAGAUGAACCUGAUGACUAUCAUGAUUGCUUUUGUGUUGACAGUGACAAUGAAGCAGUACUGUGAGCAGCGCUGAGCUGUUGUGUUUGGACACUGAAUCUUAGGUUUCAAAACAGACUUCUCUCCUGUAGAGUGGAGUCUCCUGCAACUGUGAAGGACCCCACUGCCCUGCAGCUCUGGCCAGAGUCUGGCCCGUCGUCGGCCCGGGUACCUUGGGGCACAGCGUCAUCAGAUGACAACACAUGUUCCUACUACGUGUACAUAACCUUGAUGCUUACAUGUAAUUAAAGUGCCGUAGCUGCAUGACGACACAGCCUCUGUGUGUGUACAGAAGUAGCGACGUGUGAAUUUGUACAGUACAUGCAAGUGUGUGUGCUUGUGUCCGCAAAGAAAAUCUGUUUGUCGUCACGCAAAGAGCAACAUGUGCAUGCACCCUCCGACAACUGCCCAAAGCACACAUACAUUAGACCCAUACACAAACACGCAGCAGUUGUUCUCCAUUCUCCACAUUGUCCUGAGCUCUGCCUGUCACUCCGCAUGGAGACUUUGCUCUAUGUCAACUUUCUUAUUCUAAUAAACCAC